AUGUCUAGCGAACUAAAGUAUUUCUACAAGGGCCAAGAAACCGAUUUCGUCAUUUUCGUGGAGUCGCAGGCCGCCGUCGAAGAGUACUUGAAAGCGCCCGCGAUUUCCAAGUUGACGGAAACCGUCGGAGUUUUCAAGAUUUUCACGAACCAGCAGGGCGAAGGCGCCGAGGGUGAACUUGGAGAAGCGUCCAAGUCGCAGUUGGAAAACGAAUUUGGUAAGCACAUCAAGGUGGAACAGGCCAUCGACAGAAUAUUGAGAGAGGGCUCCGCCAACGCUAAGGGCGACGUGAACAAGGCCAAAUUCGCAUCCAAGAACGACUCCAUGCGCUAG